AUGGAAGCAAUCCAGGGAAAUGAUGCUAGCGAUAAAAGAUUUAGUGAUAUGUAUAUUUAUACCGCAUCUGUAUGCGAUAUAAUAUUAAAUCCGAAUUGUCUCACUCUCGAAGUCUCCAAGAAAUCACUGGAAUUACAAUUAAAAAGAUUUAGGGAAGCGAUUAAUAAAAACAGUCAAAUUAAGCUUAGCAAUUCAAUAUCGAUUUUACGUGAAGAAGUGCCUGAUAUUUCUAGUAAAAAGAAAUUUACUGAUGAUAACGAAGAUGAGAAAGAGCCACCCAAAGAUGAAACAACGUCUAAUGAUAUAAGUUUUAAACAAUACAAUAAAUUGUUUGAUUAA